GUAGAACAUGUUCGAGUUGACACUCUCCCAGGCCCUGGGUAUGAACACCAAGAAAGAUGCUGACUCUGCCGGCUCCUCCAAACUCAACAAGGUGACGCAGCUCACAGGAUUUUCUGACCCGGUAUAUGCUGAAGCUUAUGUUAAUGUGAACCAGUUUGACAUUGUACUGGACGUACUGGUGGUCAAUCAGACCGGGGACACGCUACAGAACCUCACUCUGGAACUGGCCACUCUGGGUAUUUACCGGUCACUACUAUACCCCUAUUAAUAAUCUGCUGCAGUGCAGUAAGUUUGUGGUCAACUCAGAACUCCUUUAAGCUAUGAUGUGUUGCUAUAUCUAUUUACAUUAUAAUAGUGUCGUUGGUUUACUAGUACUAGUU